UCAGAGACAAGAGCUGCCAGAGGGACAGGUUAGCUGCAGAAGCAGUAACAACAGCAGAAAGAGAGAGAGAAAGUGCAUCAACAAGCAUGCAGCUAGCUAUGUAAUCAGAACCAUUAGUUUUAUUCAUGUACUGCAGAUUCUGUAACCCAAUGGUUCCUGAAUUAAAUAUACCUACUCUACCUCCUCCUCCCAACUUCUUUUGUAUUAAUAUACUCUAAUACAAUAACCCCACUCACUCUCUGCUCAUUCAUAAUCUCUGUGUCUUCUGUUUCACUGCAUCUGAAAUAGCUAGCUUCUGUUCUGUUUUCACUUGCUGCUUGAUAAUGAAUGGAAGGAACAGGUUCCCUUUUACUCCGUCACAGUGGCAAGAGCUUGAACAUCAAGCUCUUAUCUACAAGUACAUGGCUUCUGGUAACUCCAUCCCACCUGAUCUUCUCUUCACUAUUAGAAGAAGCUACUUGGAUUCUCCUUUGCCUUCAAGGCUUAUGCCUAACCAAUCACAACACUUUGGAUGGAACUACCUGCAAAUGGGGUUAGGAAGAAAAAUAGACCCAGAGCCAGGUAGGUGCAGAAGAACAGAUGGAAAGAAAUGGAGAUGCUCAAAAGAUGCAUACCCAGAUUCCAAGUACUGUGAGAGGCACAUGCACAGAGGAAAAAACCGUUCAAGAAAGCCUGUGGAAGUUUUGAAAACAUCAACAACAACAAAUGCAACACCAGUAGCAUUCUCAUCAAUCACAAGAAAUAGCCCAGCACUAACCCCAACUAAUAAUUCUCUUUCACCACUUUCAUCUUCUUGUGUGUCCUCUGAGACAAACCAUCACCAAUCUCAACAUUCUGGCUUCUAUGGUUCUCAUCUUCAGCACUCGUUUCUCUAUGAUCACCCUUCAUCAAGGCCUUCUGGUAUUGGUUUCUCAUUUGAAGACAACAAUAGCAGUGCUUCUUUGUUUCAGGACACUGGCUCUUAUUCUCAGACUAAUGACAACUGCAGGUAUGUUUAUGGACAGAAAGAGGAGGUGGAUGAACAUGCUUUCUUCACUGAGCCUUCUGGUGUUAUGAAAAGCUUCUCUGCUUCCUCUAUGGAUGAUCCUUGGCAACUCACACCACUUACUAUGAGCUCCUCAUCAUCUUCUUCAACAUCAAAACAGAGGAGUUGCUCUGGUUUGUCUAGUGAUUACUCUUACUUGCAACUUCAGAGCCUCAGUGAGCACUCAAAACAGCAACAGCAAGAUCAGGGUUGCUACCUGUUAGGAGGUGAAAUCAUGAAAAUGGGAAAAGAAGAGCCUCAGAGAACAGUUCACCGCUUCUUUGAUGAGUUGCCCCACAAAAGCAGAGAAGGGUCAUGGCUUGAUUUGGAUGAUAAAUCUUCCACUACCCAGCUAUCAAUUUCCAUUCCAACCUUCAACUCCAGAACUCACCAUGAUGGGACUUGAGCUUAGAUUUCAAUCAUGUGGGUGUACCUGAGUCAAAUGUCAACUAUAUGUCUACAAGGUCAAAGUGGGGUUCAGAUGCUGAUGACAAUGUUUAGUGUGUUGUACUUGUAUGCUAAUGUUUUCUUUGUUAAGUUCUACCUUCCAAACAUGGUAUCAAAUCUGUAUAAUGUUUGGCCUAACAAUGCUGGCACAUCGUUUUUUCUUUUUCUUCUGUUUUAUUUAUGUUUGUAUAACUUUUCUGCUUAAUAGCAUGAUGUUAGCAACUGUAAUAUUGGGUGCAUAAUUGCCCCAGGAUUUGCUAGUUUGUCACUUCUUAGCAUCCAAAUUAAGUGCAUUGGCUAGGACCCUCUUUGUAAAGUUAAACCAAAGGGAAACUAGUUGAUUUGCUUAAUAAGGAGAAACACCCUUGCCCUUAUGGAAACAAUGAUUGCACAAAUUUUAUUUUUCACCAA